GGGGCUCCGCUGGCACCCGGAAGAGAGGAGCUCCGGCGUUGUUUACGUUUCUCGGAGCGUCAACAUGAAUCCUACAGCAAUCAACUCAACAAACUCUGUGUCAACAACAAGAAGGAAGCGAGAGGCUGAGCGCUCAGUUAACUGGACGGCGGAGGAAACCCAGGUGCUGCUGUGUGCUUGGAGUGAUGAACGCGUCCAGAAGAGUUUGGCGGAAAAUCUGCGCAAUCGGCAUGUCUUUAAACACCUCUCUGCCCGCAUGAGCGAGAUGGGCUUCACUCGGAGUCCACACCAGUGCCGCCUUCGGGUCAAAACUCUGAAGGCGAACUACGUGAGAGCCAAACAGCAGAGGAGCGUCGAUGGCGCGCAGCCUUGUACUUUCAAAUACUUUGCAGAGAUGGAUGCUGUGCUGGGCAGGAGAUCAGCAUUACGGGAAGGAGGACACUAUUUUGUCCCUCCUGAAGAGAUGUCGGGGCAUCACAUAGAUGCUGCUGGCAGGACAGGAAGUACCGCUUCAGAUUUCAGCUCUGAGAUGAGCGGAAGCCAUUUUUUGGGGAGGACUGGACGAGAGCAUCUGCGCUCUUUGGAAGGAGUCCGGCCGCCGUGGCAGAUUGAUUCUGAAGUCAAGUUGGAGGAUGGAGAAGAUUCGACAGAUGAGUUUGAGAUCACCGAAAUAAGCUUUCCACAUCGUCUGAGAGACAAACACAGUGAUGUUUAUCUGGAGGCGUCCAUUCAUCGUGAACCCAGCGGCACACCUGUGGAAAACAGCCUGAGAAGUCUUUCCCCACUUCUGAUCCCACCUCCACCUGCUCCUCCAUCUCUACAUCCCCCUGCCUCCCCUCUCCCUGCAGCCCCAGACCCACCUGCAGGAUCCACAUCCAACUCCUUCCAUCCUCACCCAGACUCUGCCUGCCUGGAACCGGUUCUCAGGCACCUGUCGGAGUGCUUCCAGCGAUUAGUGUCGGAGACCCGGGGCUUGCUGGUGGAGCUGGAGAGCCAGAGGCGGGAGCAGACCCGCUGGCAUCAGGAGCUCCUGGCCCAGUGGUUGCAGAGGGAGGAGCGCCGGCACAGGGAGGCGGCUGAGAGGGAGGAGCGUAGAGAGAAGGUCCGUAUGGAGCAUGAGCUCAGGGUUCUGGAGCUCCUCAGAAGUUUAACUCAGCAGCGUCCUGCAGAGGGAGAAUACGGGUGUCGGUGCAGAGGCAGGCUGACUGUCUCAGAGGUGCCCAAUGGUCCAAAUCAUUCUAUCACCAAAGACGGAAAUUAAAAUGGACAUGUUUCGAGUUAAUCCAAACUGUGGAACACUUUUCUAACUCAGGUGGCACCAAAAACCAGGAAACCACUGGAAACCAAAGUUUAAAUACAGGACAUUUUCAAAAAGCAGUUAAAAUGGUGAGGCUGGUGUCAGAUGGUUUUGAUCUCUGCAGUGUGAACAGGUAGAACCUCUCUCAGUAAAUAUCAAUCACAAUUUCUCAUUGCCUCAGGAGACGUUGUCCAAUAAAUCAUUUUGUUCAAACUGUCUGAAAUCUAAACAGUUUAUCUGAAUUUUCACCAGUUUAGACCUGUUAGAGCUGUUUGAAAUGUGUUCUGAAUUAGACAUCUGGUUUAAAACCCAUUUAAAACACCAUCACACUUUAAACCAGACUAUUCAUAUUUAUCCAGAUUAAAACCAGUUUAAAGCAUUUAUUGCUGCUUUCAAACUGUAAAAACAGUUUGUCUCAAACGGGAGAGCUCAAGAGGACAAACCACUGCAAAGGGUCCACUGUAUUUCCUGAACAGCCCUGAAGUGUUGGUGGGGCGCUGUUUUGGCAAACUACAGUUAACAAUUAUAUUUUAUUUUAUAAAAUACAAGUAUUGGAUCGGAACUGUUGGCAGAUACUUAGUAUUAAAUGACUGAUUAGGGCAACAACAACAAAAAAGCCUGAUCGGGACAUCUCCAGUCGCUGAAAUAUUUUAAAGUUAAUUUUCUGUUAAUUAUUUCAGUUUUACUGAUUGUUUUCAGCUGGUAUGGAAACUGGUGUGCGAGUUUUGUUUUUGGGAGUUCACUAGUUAAAUUUCUGCUCUUUGUGGUUUGUGGUUCCCUUUCAUUCAAGUCUGAAAUAUUUGUUAAGUGUAGCAAAAUGAAAUUGUUUUUCUAUAAUUUCAAAGUGUUCAUACGUUCAACUACUUUAGUGUUACAUGAGACACAAAUGGAGAUGUCAUUGGUGAUCACUGACAAUGAUCUGUCGCUAGGGCUGGAACGAUACAUUGUGUAUUGUGAUAAUCAUAUUGUGAUACUAUGAAAACUCAACGGCUGCAUGGAAUAAAUAAUGACCUCAUAUCUUUGAGUAUAAAAUGUGCAAAUAGGAAACAACAGGUGGGACGAAGUCACUCUCAAGUCAUAAAUCAGCAAGUCUCAAGUCAUAAUGACCACCAAUUGUUUGCAAGCUGACUUGAGACUUGACUUGGCGAUGGAUGACUUGAGAAUGACUUGACAGUGGCUUCGUCCCACCUCUGACAGAUAACAUCAAGGAUUACAAUUUAAAUUUCAGAAUAAUUUCUUUAAAGUUAAACAUUCACUGCAGGUGACUUUCUACAGACUUAGUGUGAAUGAUGAUGAAAUUCUUUAUAGUGAUAGAUAUCAAAUCGCUGUAUGUGUAUCGUUCCACUCGAGUGAAGACUUCAGCACCUCUGAAAGCGUCACUGUUUGUGCGCAAUCCCAUGUCUUUGCUUUCAAAGCCUUAAAGUACUCAUGUCAAAUCAUUAGAUUUCAGCAGAAGCUUGUGUGUGCUGUGUAACACACUCAGAUUUUUAAAACGACUGUCCUCAUGGGGUAACUGAAUCCCAACCAGAAUUUGACUAGAUUCUGGACUUGGUCAGCGCACGACCUCAAAGAAAGCCGAACUCCAAAAGGGAACAUUUUUAGCUCUGUUUCUGGCCCGCUUCGUUACACUGUUUUAUCGAAAUGUGUCCCCUAAACUUCAAAAUGUUUUCUUCUUGAUUUGUCUAAGCAAUGAUUGUAAUGUCUGCUGUAAACCUCAAGGGUCACGAAUUCAAUUCCCAGGUCAGUUGGUGUAUUCCCGCCUCAAAAGUGCCCAUGAGCAACACACUGGACUGUGACUUGACUGCAA